CAUAUCUCCAUCUUCUCUACUUUAUAUUCAAUAACCAAUAAUCAUGUCUGAUAUCCAGUAUGCUAGAUCAAUUGCUUUAAUUGGCAGUGGUAUUUAUGCUGGUCUUGGAAUGUCUGUGGAUAUGCUCAGCGUGCCAUCUAUCAAAGUUGCAGCCAACCCCACCAGUGUGUUUCGCCAAGUCUAUAAAGGAGGAGCCAAACUUGCUCUCUCGUCAAUCAUAAUCUCAAGUGGGGCCUACUUCUACCACUACUACAAGACGCGUGAAUCCCGGUCACUCUACCUUGGUCUACUUAUCCUCUCAAACGCCCCUUACACAAAAUUUUUUAUCAUGCCAACCAACAACAGGCUCUUUGCUCUCGAUGACGCCGUCUCACACGACAUCAAAACCAACCAUUCAACCGCAGUCUCUCCCGCGUCUCUCACCUCUAUCUACAAAACCGAACAAGCCCUGGCUCUGCUCAACAAAUGGUCCAAGGUUCAAUUAUAUAGAACCGCCAGCGGUCUGGUAGCCUUUGUGGUUGGUAUCCUAUACAUCUAAUAUACACCCUAUAAAUUAAAAUAAAUUAAAGAAAAAAACUGUAUUGUAUUAUGUCAGUAUAUUGGUGAGAGUCAAUAAAAAUAGCUGUUGAUUGU